AUUGCAGGUGAUUUGACGCAGAGAUCUCUGCGGUAAAUAGUCAUUGUUUCCUUUUGAAAUACCUUCCAAGGGUUUUUUGAUUUAAAUUUGUCUCUUGGGAGGUAUUUGGUUUGUUUAAGCUCGAUGGCCUAAGGCAUCCCAUACGUGCUCAGCCGAGUUCAAGUCUGAUUUUAUUUUCCCUCAGCAUUAUGGGCUUAUUUCAAUUUGUUUCAUUUAUUGGCUUGUUUGUGUUGGCCAGAACUUAUGCAAGCGAUUCAACCAUUGAUAAUGAUCCAAAUGAAAGAGGCAAUUUAUACAUCGACAAACUUAUUGAAGAUAUAAUUGAAACCAGAGGAGAUGAAUUUGAUCCAUAUAAACUAGGAGAAAGCGUUUUUGGAUUCUACAAAAAAAUUUUGUUUGUUAAUGUCUCGUGUGAAGUUCGAUUGCGCAGUGGUUAUUUGCGAGGCCUGAAAACUCUUCAUCGUACUGGAGACUCUUAUCUUACAGAACAAGGUGAUAAACUUGUAGUUCGAGCAACUCUUGGAUCUGGUGCGCUGGAUUUCAAGUAUGAAGGCAGUAUCAAAUUUCUUAAUAUAGGACCAUCAAUUACUGUGGCAGGCAACCUGGCUUAUAUUGAAGUCAUGAUUGAAUUCAGUGUAGAUUCUAAAACAGGAAGGAAUGGUAGUUUGCAUGAAUUCUUCAUUGAAGAUAUCCGAGAUAUGAAUGUUUGGGUUAGUGGGCUUGGACCUUUCAAUUGGGCAUUGAAUCCUAUCAUAAAAGGAGCAAAGAAGAUCUUCAAAACUUAUCUGAAAAAUUUAUUGGAAAGCAAAAUUCAAUUUUAUAUUGAAGAGAGGUUACCUAAUUUUCAGUUUCCAGUUGAAGGAUUGUAUAGUGUUAAAAGCACGCCUUAAAAAGAAAGUUAGCGAAAACGAAGAAAAACCAAGUAUUUCUGAAUAAAAUUUGUAUAUCAACAAAUAAGCACCAUUUAUUCUGACUCUAAGAAUGUAUAAAAUGAAGAGAGAAUGUAGUUCAUUGCAUUUUUAAAUGCAUUUACUUUUUGAUAUUAUUUAAUCAUUUAUUUCCUUUUUUCCAUCUCAUCUUUUUAAGAGGGCAGUGUAGAAGAAAAUUUGUGAUUAUUAUUUAUCAGUUAAA